AUGGGGUUGAGUAACUGCUGGAUAUUUAAAGCAGGUAAGAGACUCGUCAUUUCAGAUCCUUUCUGCAGAUCAGUGAACAUGAAGUUGCUUUCGCUUCUCCUCCUGGUUCCUGUGGCGACCAGCUGCACAGACCUCAGCUACCCUCUGGACUGCAACGACAUCUACAACCAAGAUACCAGCCGAGCCAGUGGCGUUUACACCAUCUACCCCAUCGGAUCCACAUCUGCUGUCCAGGUUUACUGCGACAUGGAGUCUCUGGGGGGAAAGUGGACGGUUUUCCAGAGGAGGAUGGAUGGAACCGUGAACUUCUACAGACCCUGGAACCACUACAAGUUUGGCUUUGGGAUUGCUGCAGGAGAGUACUGGCUUGGUCUGGAGAACAUCUUCCAGCUGACUCACAGGAAGAAGUCAGAGCUGCUGAUCGACAUGGAGGACUUUGAAGGGAAAAAAGCCUACGCUCGUUACACCGUGUUCUCCAUCGGCCCAGAGUCCGACGGAUACAAACUCCGUCUGAGCGGAUUCACCAAUGGAGGCGCAGGUGGGUGA